AUGUCAACCGACGACAAGCGUCACGAUGCUUGGCUCGCAGAUCUCGACGCCGUUGCGGACCUCGACUCCUUGCUCGAAAUGGUUCCAUCACCUGACCUCGGCCAAGCGCAGGGCGGUACCGAGUCAAGUAUGUACAGAGGCGUGGAUUUCAUCAACCCGAGGGAGCUCGACAGAGACCACCACCAUGAGCGCCCUGGGCCUCAUCCGGUGCCUAGCCACUUGUACGGCGCAGGUCGCUCUACUACCACUCGAAGCGAUAGGCAGAUUCGUAACUCCGACAACCCGAGAGACACCUACUCAGACAUCUAUCAGACCGCCUACGGGCACUCACUACCUGAUGCGCCAUCUGAGGGACCAUUCAUGGCGAGACAAUCUCGCACACGCGGCCAGAACGAGUUCAACUUCUUCGACACUACUCCGAGUGAUGGCAUGUCUACCGCUCUGACUACGCACAUAGAGCAGAGAUCAAUGCCACCAAACUACCCGCCAGGCGCGUCAAGUAACAACCUUGGGCUGGAGCGCACAUCCGCAGAUCUCGUUGCUGGUUCUAGUCAACACCAAGACGAUCAACGCCGUGGCACUUUCACCCAUCAGAACGCCAAAUACAUCGACUUCGACGCAGGCGAGGGACUGCGCAUUGGAGAGGUGUUCACGUGGCCGGUCGGAGCUGGCAAGACAAACCAAUCGAGCAGUCUACCUCAGCUACGUGGAGAAGAUCUCGAAUGGGGAGAUCGGGGCAUGCUUGCCAACGUCCUUCCGGAGUCCAAUGCCGACGUCCAGAGCACGAACCGAAAGUCGAGUGUGCGUCAAUCAGCAGAUUUGACGAAGCCUAACCAAGCGCGUAGCGAAAAUGCGCCAAUUGUCCCGCCUCGUAAGACUAUCAAACCAGUGACACCCGAGCGAGGUGUCGAAAAUUACACUUUCCAAGGCAGGUUUACGGCGCUUGCGGCUGCCAUGGGGUAUCUCGACCAAAAGGAAAAGAUCCAGCUAGGCAUUAAGAAUGACGACGUCGCGCAAGUCAAGCUAGGCAUCAACCGAUUCUGUCGCCGUGCAUUCGAGGCACUCACUCAAGUCCCAUCGGCUCCUGGCGAACAUUGGAAGCCUGAUAGAAAGCUAGAGUACCAGGGCGGCCAGGACAACGCGAUGACCGCCGUCACGAACAUGAUGGCAUCACAAGAAGACUGCCUGAGAGCCGAGGCGAUGGCCAGUGCCGCAGUCCACCAGGCGGUUGAGCUCCACGAAGUCGGAAUGAAGAAGGGCCAUUCGGAGAAGGUCAAGAUGGAGCGCGGACACACCUGCUCGGGUCGUAUUAAUGCCCUGAUCGCUGCACUACACAGCAACAAGCUAUGCUGCAAGGACUUACUUGAAGGCCGGAUGGAGUCGCUGAUCUACACGCCAAAGCAGGCACUCAAGACGAAGCGCGACAACACUGCGUCGAACGCUGCAAAGGCUGGAGUCUUGAAGAAUGCUGCGAAGCUGAAGGCGGAGAAGGCGGCACAUCCAUUGGAGGAUGCUGUUAACGACGAGGGCGGCGAGCAGAAACAGCCACCCAGGAAGAAGCGCAAUGUGUCGGCUCAUAGAUCAACGUCUGGUGACCCAUCGCGGCAGCCGACCGAGAUCCAGGACUCGCAAGCUGCUGUCUCUCGUGGCGGAAGCAAGAAGGCACCUGCUAGCAACAGACGCGGUGACAGAGCCAAGAAGCCCAUCCGAUCCAACUUCGAGAGCGAUGACACAGCUGAGCUCAGCACAUUGGCCAACCAGUCCAUGCCAUCUCUUCAGACCAUGUCGUCGUUCGAUCCAGCCUUCGACAUGGGUAACAGCAUGCAUACCAACAACUUUGCGAACAGCGGCGGUACUGGUCUCGAUGACGUGCUCCUGCGAGACAUUUUUGGUGACGGUAUCAGCAGUUUCCCUCGACCAGAGCCACCGGCCCGACGCUUCGACACUGGAGCUAUGACAGCGACCUCCUUGCGAAACGCACUGCCCAAUGUCUCCGCCACUGAGCACGAAGGCGCAAAAACCACUGGUAGGUCUUCUCGCUUCUAA